UGUUUCGGUAGGCUAAAGGGACUGAGAGCACGCUUAGCUGGCGGGAGUGGGCGUAUAGACCAAGAAGGAGGCACCUGGAGGAAGACAGAUUUCUCGGUAAAGGCUCCGAUGGCCGGCAUAACGCUCGGAAGAGCUUGGCAGCAGAUGUCUUGGUUCUAUUACCAGUAUCUGCUCGUCACCGCGCUCUAUAUGCUGGAACCCUGGGAGAGGACUGUCUUCAAUUCCAUGUUGAUUUCCAUUGUUGGAAUGGCAUUAUACACUGGAUACAUCUUCAUGCCUCAACAUAUCUUGGCAAUAUUACACUACUUUGAAAUUGUACAAUGAACACAGUGUGCUCAAGAAGCAACGGACCAGAGAUCCAUUGAAGGGAAGAAGCAACCUCCCUUGAUGAAAUGAGACUUCAGCAGAUUCCAGACAUAUGUUAUGAAUAUAAAGACUAAAUUUCAUUUUAGUAGGACAAGGAAGCAAUCCUGAUUCAUGUGUUGUAUUCAUUAUUCAAGUGUUGCCUCACAUAAUAAUUUUGUCUGUUUUGACAUUGUGGUGGUUUGUACUCUAAAUAUCAGUAUUUUCUUAGCCUUUGGAACUGUUUCACUAUUGUUCUGUGAAAGCUUUUCUUAAUGUAACAUUGAGUAAAUUUUGAUUGCUUUCAAUUUUUUAAUCUGACAUCAUUAAUUAGGCCUCUUGCUUCGGCAAUUGUCUGGCACAAAAAUCUACCAGGAUAUAUUUCUAGCAUUGACCAAAAUUUUGUAGAAAUAAUAAGAAGAUGAAGAGGGAAUACUUCAGUUGAGCAUAAGAGACUUCUUUGUAAGUUUAUACUCAGGAGUAGUUUCAGCUGUCUAGACUGCUCAUUAUAAAACAUUUAUUUUGCUUUAGUGUUAUUAAAAAAAAAAAACAAAGUAUUUCUCCCCUUAAUAGUGAAAGAGCAAAGAAGAUCUUUCCACUGUUAGAAUAAAGGAAUACCUAACCUUUUAAUAGUUAACCCUAAUUUUAUGGAUUUCACAUUGACAAAAACGUUCUAUAAUAAAAUGCUUGGAGAAGUAAUUAACUUACUUAGCAGCAUUAUUAUGGAAUGCUGACCUCAAAUGGUAGUUUUAUUAAGUAAACAGUAAAAGAUUUCCCUAAAGAGUAUCACUAACAUUGUAGCCCUGUAAAAUUGAAUUUCAAGAUUGUAGCUGGUGCUGAAAAAUAAAAAAACAAACAUAUUGUUCACAUUGAAUGACUAGUAAAACUAUAAUCCAAGGAACUUUACAAACUUGUUAAAAUAGCAUUUCACAUUUUAUGAUAUGUGUACAUUAGGGUGUGCUUUAAAACUUUAAGUUUCGAAACCAGAAUUUUUCUGUGGUGAAGGUUGAUUAUCAGAAUCAAAGUCAACUGAUGGGAAAACUUCUUUGUUUAAGAUUAAUGCUAUUCUUAAUUUUAAUCUCAUGUUGUGUAUUUUUUUUCUGUUCUAAAUUUUAUUGCGACUAAAGAGUAAUCAUUUUUAA